AGCACACAAGAUGGCUUGGCGACUGCUGACGUGUACUUUACUUCUUGUCGCGGUUUUCGCGAACGAUUCCGAGGAUGUCGUAACUGACAAAGAUGUUGUGAAGGCUCGAGUCGAGAGCUGCACUGGAUGAAAAUUAAACCGGCUCCCGUUGGUGAAGAAAUUCAUCAAUCAGGAUAUCCCGCUUUUUCACAAUGUGGAGUUUAAGGGUGUUCCAGGUGCCAACCCUGAUCUCCUCCUGUUGAACAAGGAUGGACAAAUCGUAGAGCGAAUUGAUCUGUCUAAGCGUAACAGGGAAGAGUGCAAUGAGCUUCUAUUAAAAAAAGGAUUUUUCAAGAAAGAGGAUGUGAGCGAGGAAGUUCCUGCUGAGUAUUUACAUGGGCCAUACAAAGAAAAAGAAGAGUUAUAGGGAAUUUACACAUUAGCAUUGUCCAGUUUUUAUUUCCGAAUUCAGUGUUUUAGAAAAAGAAGCGUUUGCAUUUACCUGAUAUUUAGAUAUUCAAGUAGGAAUUUUCUUUCUCGUGUCUUUUGCUGGUUGGUCAUCAGUGGACCAUUUAAAAACAGUGGCCAAUCAUGGAAUUAAAAGUUUUCUUGAUUUUAGAAGAAAGAAUGGAAGGAAACUCAGUUUUUACUUGUAUCUACCUGUAUCAAUAGCUCAACUACAAAUGUUAGUAUUAUCAGAAGUCCAUGAAUUGGAAGUGCGCAGCUCUCAGUUAUAUCUGCUACAUGGUAUUGGAGUCAGACAUCAGUGACGUCACAUGUCAGCGAGGCCUGUUUUUUGUGCAAUGCUGGGUCAUCAUAUAUUUACCGUAAUGGCCAGCUCUAGUCAAGUACUGUAUUUCACCUGUAGUUUAGCAUUUUUCAAAUGACACAUUUUACUUGAUUGCAGCAGAUUGCCUCACCUUUUACAUUUAAGCUUAAGGGAGUUUUUUGUAAAGUAUGAUCAUAAAAACCUAAGUCUUGGCAUCGAAAAUAUCAUUUUUAUGCAUUUCUGUGCUUCUGAAAGUGCAUUUUUUUUAGAGAUGAAACUUGAAAAACCUGCAGUAUUUUCAUGAACGAAGGCUUCCUUUCUAUGAUAUAUAAUGUGUAAUGUGUGGACAAUUAGAGCAGGGAACUUGAGCAUAGAACCAGGCUAUUUCCCAUCAUGCUUCAGUGAUUUUUGUAGUUGUGUGUUUUGUUUAGUGUUUAAUGAAAGCUUCCAUACACUAAGGCUUUGUAGCUGGCCAAAUUGAAAGUUAAACAUUUCCAUUUCGUGGACUUCUGCUAGUAUGCACAGGUGUACAUGGAUAAGCAACUACUUCGGCAUAUUUUCGAAAAUAUAUAACUUUGAAUUUUUUACUGUGUUAGCAGUAUCCAUCUUACACAGCUGACUGAGAUUAUUUGUUGGACAAAAACUGUAGGUCUGGUCUAUGAAAGAGAAAAGAGGCAAAAGAAAAUAUUAGUUUGAAAAUGAAUUCUCUACAUGUUCAUGUACUUAAUAUUCGUUUUUUGUACAUGCCCUAUGUUUACAUGGAUUACUGUUUUGUGCCCCCUCAUUGUUAGUGUAAAAUGUGAUUUUACGACAUUGUCUACAAUUGUCUCUGGUAAAUGUUCUAUUGGGUUACAUGUGAAAGGUUGGCACCUGGUCAGAAUUGUGAAUUUUGAUUUUCAUAUGCUCAAUUCCAAUUGGACACAGCUUUGUACGAACUUUGUACUUGAUUGGACAUCAUGCAGAGCUCGAAUGAAGCCAUUGGCACGAAACCUUUUUCAGGGUAACCAAUGGUGGAUAAAUAUGCUGUGGUAUGUUGUCCAGUCAAAAAGCGGGUUGACAAAGUUGACAAGUUGUCUCAUUAGUCUCGUCAAUAAAGUCUUUUUUUUUUCUUUUUUAUAA